CUGUAAAGCCGACCGAGGCGAUGUGAUUGCGGUUCAUGGCUUUAUAAAUAAGAUGUGAUUCGAUCUACCUGUUGACGUCACCUUCAGGUGAUGGCACACAGACUGCUCUUAACACAAGCACGCAGGAGUUCAGUCAGUCGUCCAUUUCUCUCCGAGCAGCUGUUUCCCACAGCUGGCUGUGUGUGACGCGCCGGAUAGGUGGCAGCACGAGAGAGCCGCGCGAGCUGAGCUGCCACUGGGUGCGCGCGCGCGUGUCUCGAGCCGGGUUUGUUGAGCUCGUGCAGGUGAAGCCGGUGUGUCAGUCAGCAGGAGAGCAGCGGCAGGAUGUCCGCGGAAAUACUGGAGAAGAAGAAGACGCUGGACCUGAGGAGGAAGCACAUCGGGCCGUCCUGUAAGAUCUUCUUCAGCCAUGACCCGAUCAAGAUCGUGCGUGCCAGAGGCCAGUACAUGUACGAUGAGAAAGGCCAGCGCUACCUGGACUGCAUCAACAACGUGGCUCACGUGGGCCACUGCCACCCGGACGUGGUGAAGGCAGGAGCUCAGCAGAUGGAACUGCUCAACACCAACUCACGUUUUUUGCACGACAACCUCGUACUGUACGCCCAGAGGCUGCAGGCCACGCUUCCCGACAAGCUUUCCGUGUGCUACUUUGUCAACUCUGGCUCCGAGGCCAACGACCUGGCGCUUCGUCUGGCGCUGCAGUACACGAGCCACAAAGACAUCAUCACGCUGGAAAAUGCGUACCACGGCCAUGUCUCAUCGCUCAUUGACAUCAGCCCCUAUAAGUUCCACCAGCUGUCAGAUGCUGAGCAGAACCAAUUUGUCCAUGUGGCUCCGAGUCCAGAUGUGUACAGAGGCAAAUACAGAGCAGACCACCCCAACCCUGCCAAGGCGUAUGCAGAUGAAGUCAAAGAUAUAAUAGACAGAGUCCAUGAAAAAGGAGGCAAGAUCGCCGCUUUCACUGCUGAGUCACUGCAGAGUUGUGGCGGGCAGGUCAUUCCACCGGCAGGAUACUUCCAGCAAGUGGCAGAACAUGUUCGCCGGGCAGGAGGUGUGUUCAUCGCCGAUGAAGUCCAAGUGGGCUUCGGGCGUGUGGGCACCCACUUCUGGGCGUUCCAGCUUCAGGGAGCGGACUUUGUGCCUGACAUCGUCACCAUGGGAAAGCCUAUUGGCAACGGCCACCCCAUGUCCUGUGUGGUCACGACCAAAGAGGUGGCAGAGGCCUUUGCUUUAUCAGGAAUGGAGUAUUUCAAUACAUUUGGCGGUAACCCAGUGUCGUGUGCCAUCGGUCUGGCUGUACUAGACGUGAUUGUGAAAGAGGAUCUCCAGGGAAAUGCGCUACGUGUGGGCCAAUACCUGACCGAUCUGCUGGAGAAGCAGAAAGAGAAGCAUCCACUGAUCGGUGAUAUCAGGGGUCGCGGCCUCUUUGUUGGCGUGGAGCUGGUGAAGGACAGGUUGAAGCUCACGCCUGCAACAGCUGAAGCCCAAGAAGUCAUAUAUAAGCUAAAGGAACAGUACAUCCUCCUCAGUGCUGACGGACCUCAUCGCAAUGUGCUCAAAUUUAAGCCGCCGCUGUGCUUCACCACGGAGGACGCUGACCUGGUGGUGGAGAAGAUCGACCACAUCCUCACAGAACUUGAGGAAGCCUUAGGCUUGAAGUUGCACAACACACUGAAUGCAGAGAACGACAGCAUCAAAAGAAAGCUGCCAGCAGAAGAAAAUGGCCACCAGUAUCACAGUGGGUUGAUUGUGAGCAGAGGGAGCAGUCCAGGAGUUCCUCAGCAAACCAAACGCCACAAGAGAUAACGAACAGAGUCAGAGCUGUAAAACAACAACACUUUAUCAGCAGGAGGUUAAAAGUGGAGUGCCUUAGCAUUGAACCUAAUGAGACAUGUCAUGAUUAUGAUGAUAAUAAUGAUGUACUGUGUAUCUGUGAGACUGCAGUAUCUGCUCAGGUAUUGUGUUUUUAAUCACAUGUAGGAAUCAAGCCACUUGUUUUCAUAACGAGCCUAUGAAGCUUUCACUUCGGUGCAGAAAACCUCCUUAUUCCUAUAUCCCUUUAAUUUAAAUGCAUGCCAACAUCUACUUGACCAUGAUUUUCAGGGAAUCAUGAUUUUAAUAAAUAAGUGUUUUGCCAAAACGAGCAAUGUUUGAGAUGCAGUCGAUCAUAACCAUGGCUCGCUGUUGGUGAACGUGUGGAGCACAAUUACACAUUGUGUGCUGAAGCUAUUUGCAUGAAAUAAAAAAUACUGUAUAAAAAAUA